ACACCCCUCCCUCCACCUUUUUCUUUUUCUCUCUCCUACUUUCUCUCUCUCCACACUGACAACAUGUCAUGAUUGAACUGUUACACCCCCCUCCCUCCUUACCUUACUGCAUUGCGCCCCCACACCUCUCUUUUUCUUAUUUCUCUUCUUUCUAUAUAAUCCCCCUCUUCCCCUCCUUUCUUCAUCUCCCAACCUCAAAUCAUUUCUCUAUUCUCUCUCCUUCUUUUCCUUUCUCUCUCUACUUUGACUCUCCCAACAAACUUAUCGUAUUUCUGGGUUUAUAAUUUGAAGAUCAUCAUCAACAAACAUGAUGGUUGCUGGGAAAGAAGAUUUGGGGUUAAGCUUGUGUUUAGGAUCUUCAAACAACAACAACAAUAAUAAUAAUACCACUGCUACUGCUAGUACUAGCGGGAAUCAUCCUAAUAACAAUAAUAUUGGGUUUUUGAUGAAUCAUCAUAAUAAUAACAACACUAUUACUACUACUAGUAGUUAAAUAUUAUUAUGAAUCGAAAUCAUCAUCUUCUUCAAACGACGUCGUCUAACAACGUCUCCCCUCUUCAGCUAAAUCUCAUGAUGAUGCCUUCUUCUUCCACUAAUCCUUCUCCUCUUCUCCAGAAGCUUCCUUGGAAUCGCAGCACCGACUCUUUCCCUCCUUCAGAUCGGAACUCGGACACGUGUCGGUCGUUUCUCCGAGGAAUCGACGUGAAUAGACCUGCAGGCGGCGACGAAGAAGACGUCGCCGUUUCAUCACCAAACAGCACCGUUUCGACGUUGAGCGGUAAAAGAAGCUCCGCCGAGAGAGACUCCACUAACACCGCCGGUGCCGGCGAUGAAAUCGAGGUUGAAAGAGCUUCUUCUCGGGGUUUAAGCGAUGAUGAAGAUGGCGGUGAAAAUUCAAGAAAGAAACUUCGAUUAACAAAAGACCAAUCCGCCAUUCUUGAAGAAAGCUUCAAAGAACACAACACCCUCAACCCCCUUAAUCUACAGAAGCAAAAACUGGCCUUGGCAAAACGUCUUGGGUUGAGACCACGUCAGGUUGAGGUCUGGUUCCAAAACCGUAGAGCAAGGACGAAGCUGAAGCAAACAGAGGUAGAUUGCGAGUUUUUAAAGAGAUGUUGUGAACAACUAACAGAAGAAAACAGAAGGCUACAAAAGGAAGUUCAAGAGCUUAGAGCGUUAAAGUUGUCCCCACAAUUUUACAUGCAAAUGACCCCACCAACUACUCUUACCAUGUGCCCCUCAUGUGAGCGUGUGGCGGUCCCACCUUCUGCCACAUCAUCUUCAUCUGCUAAAGCCCAAGCCCAACCAUGUCCGGAUCCAAGGCCCAACCCAGUAACUCACCAUCGGCCCAUUCCUGUUAACCCGUGGGUUGCUACUGCUGUUCCUAUCCGGUCCUUUGACCCACUCCACACUCGGUCAUGAAAGGGUGUUUUAGUCAUUUGACAAGUUUUGGCUGUUAGAUCUGAAAAUAUGUUGGAACAAAAAAAUAGAUGUUAUUAUGUGAUAUAUACUGUCAUGUAAUAUAUAUUUUUUUUUUUAGGAUUAAUGUUAUGGAAAUUGGUGGGUCUCUAAUAUGUUUUGGUUUUUAUUGACCCAUUAAUCAUAGUAGAUCAACCCCAAAAAAAAAAAAGAAAAAAAAAUUCUAUUUAGUUUUUUUUUAGUGCUUGGAGUUUUAGUGCUAAUUUGGCUCCCUAGAUUCAGGAGAAUAUUAUGAAGGGUAGGGAGGAAGGAAAAUAUCAUUUUCUUGUAAAUUUUUAUCUAAUUAAAUUAAUUAUAGUAGUAGUUUCUUA